AUGAUACUUAAAUACUUCAAAUGUUUAGGUCCACUGUCUACUGUGCAUGGUGAAUCAAAUUGUCCCGAAGGAUGGGAACCGUAUCUGGAAAAAAAAUGUUUCAAAAUUUUGCCUGAUGAACUUAAAAACUACGACUUGGCUCAGGACUUAUGCAACAAACAGGGUUCAGGCGCUACACUACUAACCAUACACUCACAACAGGAACAGGACUUCCUAUCAGACCUAUUAUUCACGAAAUAUAAAAUCGUUGACAGCGUAUGGAUCGGUGCCAGCGUGAGUGACAAGAAGAUGACCUGGGUAGAUGAGUCCACCGAUGACUACACUAAUUGGGAACCAAGUGAGCCAUCCGAUGCUGCAAAUGAUUGCGUGCAAAUGGAGCCAGCUCCUCCUAAUACGGGUAAAUGGGUGGAUGUAGCAUGCAACAAGCAAAAUAAAGUAGUAUGCCAAAAUGGUCAACAAUCUACACACGAUGACAUACAGCGUAGAAUUGACGAAUUGCAGGCUAACCAGACAAAUAUGAAACAAACAAUUUUGGAUUUGACUGAUGAGCUUAUAAACAUAAACAUACUGGGUGGUAUGAUCAAUGAAUUGCGAACCAAUCAGACAAAUAUGCGACAACUACCAAACCAACCCGAGCCCACGGUUUUGUGGCCUAAGAUGUACUGGUGCAAUGUCACCCCAUCGUAUGCAGGCUUAUUUUUCCGAGCCGAAGGUGGGGCGAGCGAGAAGUUUAAUGGUACGCACGAUAAAGCAAUAAAUGAGACGGCACGUACCUACCAUAUUACACCCGGUACAACUACCAAUGAUCUAUAUGCGGGAAGUUGGGGUGGCGGGUUAAAUCUUAAUUUUAUGAAUUUUUUGGUUUCCGCCGCUGAAGUGAGACCUGAUAAUCAAGCCAUCAGAAUAUGGAAACGUAUUCAUUGA